AUGUCUAACGAAGAAUUACGUACUGAAACCAAUAAUUCUCCUAAUGAAACAUUUGAUUUUGGAGAAUUGGAAAAGAAUGUGGUGUUUUGUAUUGAAAAUCUUUCCAGUUGUAUUAGAACGUCCAAAGAUAUUUAUGUUAAUGAAAGUACGGAAAAAAUUAAAGUUGAACGCUUUAAAUUUCAUGAAUUCGCGGAAGAAUCUAUUACAAUAAGUUACGCAAUUUCAUCCUAUGCUCGUGAUUUAGAGAAUUUCUCUAAGUACUUUAACGAUCUUACUAUAGAAGAUAUUCUUGAUGAACUAAAUGAUUUAUCCCAGGAUGCUAGGAAAAAUGCGGAUUCAUGUAAGAAGAUGAACGAUAAAGUUAACGAAAUUAAAAGAAACUUAAUUGCAAUCAACAAUUCACUACAGAAUUAUCGAAUUGAAGUGGAAACAGAUAUAAAAAAGAUGAAAUCAGAUACUCAAGAUGAAAGAAAAUUUAAUGAAAUUGAAAGAGAAUUUCAUAAAGAAGGAAUUGUAAGUUUCAUACCACUAGCAUUCAUCGGCGGUGCCGCUAUAGCUGCUUCAGCUGCGGCUGCACCCGUUUUGGUUCCAAGUGCAUGCGCUAUGUGUGCUUUUGGAUCAGCUAAGGCAAUAGUUGAUGGAAAAGCUUUAGUAACUAAUUAUGUCAACGGUUAUGGCAUCGAUCAAAGAUUAAAACAGGAACAAAAGGAAUUAAUCGAACUUAUAAAGAAAAUGGAUGAAGGUUUGAAAGAUAUAGGAGAUACGAUUCAAGCAGUUCAGACAUAUUGGGAGCGUCAUUCAAAUGAUAUGAAUCAUCUCAAUAGUAAAGUCAGUAAAGCUUUAAAUAAAGACAGGGUGGGUCGGUUGAUUAAAGGAGUUAUCAAAACAUCAUCCGAAAGAUUGGUUAAAAACGCUGAAACCUAUAGCGGCAAAAUGCGAGCAAUAUUAACAAGAGACCAAAUGACUAUAUUGAAUUAA